AUGACACCAAAGACCAUCGCUAUAAUCGGAGGCUCAGAUGCCGACUUAAUCAUGAUUGCGAACCGCAUCCCCAAUCGCGGCGAAAGCGUGCUCGCAAGUCAGUAUCUGGAGGCCUUGGGCGGCAAAGGAGCCAAUUCAGCGAUUGCGACCUACCGAACAUGUCACAAAAAGUCGUUGCAGAAAAAAAGCUGCUUUGACGGAGAUGAUAUUCAGUUCAAGAUGAUUGGCGCGGUCGGUGAUAAUCGAUACGUCCCCAACACGCGGUCAAGCAUUUGUUUCGUUAUAGUCGAGGACCUAUCGCGCGAAAACCGGUGUCUUUUUACACUAGGCGCAACGGCAACCUGGAAAAAGGAGGAUUUUAUUCACGCGGAGCAACUUGGAGGCGGGAUUCGACCACAUGUGGUGGUGGCUCAGAUGGAGAUCGACAACGAAGUGGUUGAAAGUAUGCUGGCAACUGCUGCGCCAGCAAGCCCGAUCAGUAAACGUCUCUACCGACAUGUAGCACAUUUCCUCGUGAACGAGUCAGAGGCAGCAGUCAUGUCGGGGCUUGAUAGAGACGAAGUCAACCAAGACACUUGGCCUAUCAUCGCCCAAGGGUUCUUAAAUCGAGGUGUAGCCAACGUGGUUAUUACACUUGGCGCGAAGGGGGCAUUCUACGCUAAUAAUACAAGGGGGAGUGGCCAUUGUCCUGCAUUUGACGUUAAAGUCAAGGAUACUACUGGCGCAGGGGACACUUUCACGGGGCCAUACGCCUCGGACUACCUGCGACAGAAGGCCAAAGGGACGUGGGACAUUAAAAGUGCGGUAAUUCGUGCGAAUAAGGCUGCUGCUAUUACGAUUGAAAGCGUGGGAACUCAAGACGGAAUUCCUUGGUCGGAUGAGAUGAACAGUUUUGAUGCACUCGAGAAAUCUCUCGAUGCUUCUUAA